CAAAUAGAAGUCACUCCAACACGCAGUCAAUUUUAUACCUCCGGACAAGGAUUGGACACCUCAGCUAGUCGACUGUAUACAUCCGGAGCGCACCUGGAUACAUCUGGUGGCAGUCGCCUAACCAGCUCUGGUCAACGAGUCGAUUUUGGCGACUUAUCCGGGAAUACCGUCAUCAAUAACUAUGGUUAUGAUGUGCAUGAGAUCCACACCUCUGAAGGAGGAGCUCGCGUUGUUGAGACCCAUGGUGGUGGACCCAUGAUGGAAACGUCUCGAUUGGAAAGCACAAGAAUAGAGGAGGUCGUCGAGAGGCCAUUACCGCAACCUCCACGUCCAGCGAAUGGAUUCGCUCGAGAUCAUAUGGGAUAUAUUCCAGUUGCCAAGUGGGUAUUUUAUAUGAAUUGA